UUUUGUGCCAAUCCACAUGUUUGGUUUCGUUCCAGGUUCACUGUCUCCAUGGAAGUGGUACCAGCCUGGGCCCCAGCCGUGGGUUUCACGCUCCUGCCCCACGCAGGGGGAUUUCUAGGAGGCACUAUCACCAAAAAGGAAAUCCCAACGUGGUAUCAAACCCUGCAGAAGCCAUCCUGGUGUCCACCCAACUGGGUGUUUGCUCCUGUGUGGGGAACUCUCUAUACAUCCAUGGGAUACAGCUCCUACCUGGUGUGGAAGGAACUGGGAGGCUUCAACGAGAAGUCAGUGGUUCCCCUGGGUCUGUACGCAGGGCAGCUGGCACUGAACUGGGCAUGGACCCCAGUGUUUUUCGGAGCUCACAAAAUGGGAUGG